UGGGUAUGUUUGAGUUUGGCGCGGCGCUCCGGCAGCAUCUAUUCCACGAGCGCACGCCGUUCUAUGCGAUGAAUAUUAUCCACGACAAGGAUUACAACACGAUCAACACGGUGUGCCGCAUCAAUGAGUCCGACGUGAGCGCGCGCGACGAACGUUUACCGCCCGCAUUAUACGCGCGACUAAGUUUUCGCGACUUUCGCGCACCACCAAAGGCACCCGGAGGGCAGCAAGGGCAGCAGGCACCGCCAGGGCAGCGGCGGCGGCGUCUUGGCACGCCGCUCGGCAAAGUUUCGUUCAGGCGCGUCGUGGUGAAUCCUACCGGCGGCAGGUGUCCGAACGCGAGGUGAGUUGUAUUUUAUUCCCGAAACGCUUACCGAAAACCUUAGAACAAGAUGACAGAAACCAACAACAAAUUCUAUAGAAAGCUUGCACCUGUUAAACAAAAGGAAUUCAUCCGCCCAACUGAACGAAGAAGAUUGCAAUCCAGUUGUAGUGCUGCAACAAGACGAACUUUAUAAUAAACAGACGUACUACUUAAUUUAGUUAUUAUGCAUAUCAUGCAUAACUUGGAUACCAGCACGGCGAUGGCGGCGGCGGCGUCGAACAACUCAGCGACGCCACGCACUCCAGAAAUCGUCAACUCAUUGAUCGCCAUGACAAACCCGCUGGACUUCAUGUGCGGCGGUGAUAACAACGGCAUCAAUUACGGAGCCACGUCGAUGAAGCGCUUUUAUGCGAAUAGCGCUUCCAGUGAUUCGAACAGCUCCAGCUCCAGCCAGGAGUCGCGCACUGGCGGCGGCCAUCAUAUACGCAUCAAUGCCUUCCCACCGACGCCUGCACCGAGCAUCCAGCAGACGUGCUCGCAGCUCAUCAAAGCCGGACUCAAACUAUCGAUCGAGCAGAAACGAAAACUGCAAAGCGACAACGAGGAUCUAGUCGAUCUCAACAAGAUCAAGCGGAUCAAGAGAAACGAAAGUGAAUCCGAAGAGGACAAACAGAGUAGCAUACUUGGGUUGACACCUGAGGACGAAGAGCGACGCCGUCGCCGACGUGAGCGCAACAAGAUCGCUGCGACAAAGUGCCGCUUGAAGAAGCGCGAGCGCACCGCGAAUCUCAUCCAGGAGGCCGAAGUACUCGAAUCGUCCAAUGUUGAAUUCAAGGCACAAUUUUCGGCGCUCAAAACGGAAAAGUUGCGCUUGGAGGAAAUACUACGCCAGCAUAAGCUGUCCUGUUCCAAAGAGCAGGAUUCCGCGUAUAAUCGCCUGCCGCCAAUGCACUCGAUCGAAACGACAAGUAAUCACCAUUCCUACAGUCGUCCGCCGACGUCCACGGUGGACACGAACGACUCCUGCUAUCAUCACCAGCAAGCGAAUCAAUUGGACUUCGAUUCGACGCAAAUGUACAACACCUUGCAGUACAAAACGCCUAGUAUAAUCGUCGAGUCCGUCAACGACGACGAUUAUCCCAGUUUGACGGAUCUGGAUAAUCCAAACGACACUAGCUACGGCUACAAUUACGGACAGAAUCAAAACUACAGCUUGGAUGGCUGCAUGGCCUAACAGUGUCUAGAUAUUAAACACUCACAGAGUUUUAACAUUUGUUAUACCGUUUUUAAUUUUCAUAUUUUAAUCGUGGUCGACUCGGAUAUAAUGAUAUAUAGUAAAGCGCGCUUUAGAUCUUGAAUCUAUGAAUCUCCCAAAUGCUUUGAAAAGUGUCUCCGUUGCUAGCGCAAUGUAAAUUUUCAAAUGCGCAUUCGGGAAAUUCGAAAUACCUGAAUUAAUUUUAAAUUUUAGCCAAGGAGGGUGUGUAAAUCUUAUUCUAUUAAUCUGUUUGUGUCAAUUUGAGGUUAGAACAGUUGCAAGUCACGAAUUUAUUGAUGUAAAUUCGAUUUUUGCUUAGUAUAGAUGUUGGUUUAACCUCAAAUGCACCCCCAUUUUAAAAGGUUGUCUUUCUUUGUUUCUUCGAGCAUUCCAAGCAUGAUUUGUAGGAGUUUUAAUGAUGUAUACAAUCAAACUGAAAGAUAGUAUUGUUUUUGAAUUCUGUUUUUAACUGCCAAAUUGUUUAUCUCAGCUGUACGCAACGCUUUUGAUGUGUACAUACAUGAUAUCGAACAGAUUGGCGCUACGAUUUUGAUUUGAAACUUGAUGCCUCUAAUCUAUAUCGUGUGAGAUUGAGAUUGAGAUGAUGCAGAACUUUGUUACUUAAGCAAUUUAUAGAGAUUUGUAUAAAUUCGCUUUAAGAGGCAAAACCAGUCGCACAAUUUUUGACUAUUUGGUGCGACUCUUUGUUGCGAGGAGAAAAAAAUGAGCAUGAAAACUAAAAUGUAGACAUUUGCACUAUCCUACUCAUAUAUUUUUAUAAGCGCUUUCUGCCACACGUAAUUAAAGCGGAUCCCUGUGCCUUAUUGUUGACUUUCAUUAAAUAUUUUAUACUUUGUAAGCAAUAGAAUGGCAUUAGUUGUAUAUGUAUAUAAAAGAACUAACUUUUCACACAAUUCCAUUCGUGAAAAGCAAACACUAACAAGAUGAGAUCAAAAAGAGAUUCGAACGUGAAGAUUGAUGCAGAUUAAGAACAAAUUACAUGCACAAUAAGUACAUACGUUGUUAAUUAAUUAUAAAUAUUAAUGAAUUUGUGAUAUAUCUAUUAAGAGAUGAGAUGGCUUAACGACAGAAAAUGUAACCAGCAUUUCUAUUUUUAUUAAAAGAUGCCAGGAUUGGGUAGAUGACGAAGUGAUUCUGUUUUGUUCAAUGACAAAUAUUUUUUUUAUAUAAAAAUCAACACGAAAAAUUGCAAGAGAGAAUUUUGAUGGGAUGUAUACAGAGAAAAACUUAAAGUUGUGAACAUAUUUCAAAUAUUAACGAAGUUGAUACUUGGUGCUGCACGGAUUUUACUCGAUACGUGUCUAAAAUAGAUUUUAUUGUUACCACAUGCAGAGAAUUUCAAGUCAGAUAUAUAUUAAUUGUCGCAAUUACCAAUUUGUUUAUAUAAAUAUUAUGAAAAUUUGAUUCAACACUUGUUACCUGUAGUUUUAUUUCCACUUUACGGGUGAAUAACGCAUGUUUAAUUCAUUUUACCAUUGUUUUCAAUAUUUUUUGUAUAAAAUUGCUGUUAUAACUUUGUAUAAAUCAUUUUAAAUUGUAUUAUACCAUCAUAUUUAAUUUAUAUUGUAUAUUUUGUAUUUUGCAAAUGAUAUUGUGCCUAUAAUUUCUUUCAUUUUCAUUCUGUUGUAUUGACUUCACUUUCAUUUAAAGAUAAUGUCGUCAAAAUUAUAUUCAAUACACAAUCAAAUUUUUAAA